AUGCACGGUGAAACCACUUACGCAGCAGCCAUCUCAGCACUGACGCUUUACUUCACUUCUGAUCACACCUCACAGAUGCACCGCCUUAAAUUUCAUCAAAGGGCUCAGAUGCCCGGAGAGACUGUAGAGCAGUUUGUCUCUGCGUUAGAGGAGCUCUUGAGCCCCUGCAACUACAGAGAAGUCCAAGACAAACUUAUUCUCACUCAGCUGAUUGAAAAAACAAUCUGCCCACAACUGAAAGAGAGGCUUUUGUUAGACAAGGAAACUCUGACCUUGGCCACAGCGUUGGUUAUUGGUAAAGAGGUGGAAUCUGCCUUAAAUCAUCCUGAGUUGUUUGACAUUCACGAAGUCAGUGUGGACAUUGGAGAUGAUUUAGACCUGCCGGUUCGAAGAGUGGCAAAAAGAGGAAGGCCUCGACGCGGGGAGAAAAGGAUGAAAAUGAAACCAUGCGAGACUAAAACCCCAAGAAGAUCAUCUAGAAACAAAGAUAACUACUAUUACAGCAAUGAUAAGCUACAAUGCAGCAAUAAUGAGGACUCUAAGAGUGCCGAUGAAAGUAAUCAGCCUUGUGAUAAAGGAGAUGAUGAUAAUGCCGCCUCAACAUCGUCACAUAUGAUGGAGGAGGAGGAGGAGGGCUUCGACAAAGCCAGCAAUGAUGGCGACGAUGAUGAAGAUGAAGACUUCUCCCUCCCUCGGACUAAACAAAAAGGUCCGUUUUGCCCCAUCUGUGUCGACAAGCGCUUCAGAGACGCAAACAAGCUCGCCAGACACAUGAGGACGCACACUAAGGAGAAACCGUUCAGCUGCCCAGUCUGCACGAUGACUUUCAGCCAGUCCUACCACAUGACCCGACACCUGAGGAACCAGCACGGCGCGGGCCAGCACGUCUGCUCAACAUGCGGGACGAGUUUAGGAAGCUUUGCAGAGCUGCAGAGUCACAAGAAGACGCAUGCAUCCAAAGAGGACGAGGAUGAGGAUGAUGCUGAGGACGAUGCUGAGGACGAGCAGGCUGAUGCAGACUCCGGUAAUGACGACGCUCAGAAUAAAGAAUCUGCAGUUAAAGUUAAGCUUGAAGAUAAGGACUCUGAUGAAGCUAAAUCUCAAGAUGGUGACAGCAAAAAAGAAAAAGUGGCCUCCAAGACCAAAACUAAGGGUCAUUUCUGCCCCAUCUGUGUAGACAGGCGCUUCAGAGGCCCAAACAAACUCGCCAGACACAUGAGGACGCACACGAAGGAGAAACCGUUCAGCUGCCCGGUCUGCACGAUGACCUUCAGCCAGUCCUACCACAUGACCCGACACCUGAGGAACCAGCACGGCUUGGGCCAGUACAUCUGUUCUAAAUGUGGGAAAAGUUUAGGUAGCUGGCCGGAGCUGAAAGCACACAAGAAGACUCAUGUAGCUGAAGGCCUAUCGUGUCCCGCUUGUGAUAAACAGUUUAAAGAGAAGGCAGCAUUUGUGAAUCAUCUGAAAUCACACAAGAAGGUGCAGCCCAGCCCUCGGUGCCUCGUCUGCAACGACUGCGGCAAAGAAUUUGGCCGAAUGUAUCAUUUGAAACGGCACAUAGUGACCCAUCGCAAAGCUACAAACGGCGAGUGUUACGAUUGCCCAAAGUGUCAGAAGAGCUACGCCUUCCCCGAAGAUCUUAACAAACACCUGGAGAUUCAUGUGAAGGAAAACAAUGGCACAUGUCCCAAAUGUAACCAAACCUUCAGCAGUCUAGAAGAGCUGGAGACACACAUGGUGGUUCAUGAAAAGUCUUACGAGUGCAGCACCUGUGGGAAGAAGUUUAAGGUGGAGUAUGCGCUGAAGAAGCACGAGCAAGGGCAUCAAGACGAGCAGUAUUACUGCUCAUUGUGCCGCAAGCGCUUCAUCAAGCUUUCUCACUACAAGAGGCACAUAAUGGUCCACGACAGACGGGAGUCCAGAUGUCCACACUGUGACAGCGUCUUUCUACAGUUAACAGCUUUGAAGUACCACCUGCGAACUCACACUGAAGAAAGGCCGCAUCAGUGCUCCUGUUGUAUCGAAACCUUUGAGGAGAAGGAACACCUGGAGCAACACUGCCUCAAACACAGGAAAUUCAAGAAGGAGAGGCCGUACUCCUGCACCCGCUGCGAUCACGCUUUCCCCACGCUGAUGGAGCUGACGGAGCACAUGAGCAUGCACGAGGGCGAGCAGCCAAUGAGCUGCCCCAUCUGCGGCAAGACUUUCCUGAAUAAGAACAAGCUGGAAAAGCACCUGAGCAUCCACACAGGGGAGAGGCCUCACCUCUGCUCUCUCUGCGGUAACGGCUUCCCCUCAGCCGCCAGCCUCAAGCUACACAGCCACAUCCACACCGGAGAGAAGCCCUUCAAGUGCUCGCAGUGCAGUAAGAGCUUCAGGUCGUCCAGCGGGCUGCGGCUGCACAGCAGGCAGCACAUGGAGGUUCGGCCCAGCUACGAGUGCCCAGAGUGCGGCAGGACUUACGGUCGCAUGACGGAGCUGAAGAUGCACCAGCGCUAUCACACGGGGGAUAAACCGUACUCGUGCACCUGCUGCAACAAACGCUUCAUUAGCAAAGACAAGCUGAACGUUCACAUGAGGAUCCACACAGGGGAGAGGCCGUACUCCUGCCAGCACUGUGGACAGACAUUCACACAGACCGGAGACAGAAACAGACACAUCAACAAAUACCACAGUUAG